CGUCCACAAACGAUCAUUUUUGCGCGAAUUUUUAAAACUAAAACAUGGGCGAUUCAGCGCCGUAUUUCAAUAAUGGGUUUAUUAUUAAGGUCAAUCAAAAUGAUAUGAAAACUUUGUCUGCAAAUAAAAUUUUAUGCGAUGAGUCUGGAAGCCUAAAACACAUCUCAGUGUUUAGCUGGACUCAGAUUCAGAAAGUGAAAGUGAAAGUAGACAUUUUGGCUGUGUCAAAUGUUAUAGAAAAGUUGACUGGUAAACGUAUUGUGGUAUCAUUAGUUUGCGUUGACAGAGAGCAGGCACGUACAACGGGCAUAGUGGAUUGUUUUAUAGUUAAUAUUAACCCAGCCACUGAGAAGUUUGUCCCAUUAAGAAAACUUACCAUAAACUGUAGUUUUUUACAUGACAUUUUUAGUAGUCAAAGUUUGUUACAGCUUGCAGAUGGACCAUCUGUAGUGUGGUGCAGAAAAAGAAAUAUACAUAUUUAUAGAAGCAUUACACUAGAAUCCCUUACUUUGGAACCAACUAUUUAUUCUCUGGAACCUGACUGCACAGUGUCAAGAAUACUCAUGACCAAAUACUGCCAAAAUAUGCAGUGUCAUUUUAUGCUGUUUCAAGUGCAAAAAAGUGAAGACUCAACCAUUACUGCAUUGAGAACUGUAAGGUUUCUAAGUUUGUGCAUACACAAAGAGAAUAUAUGUGAAAUGAAUUCUUGUUUAUUUAUACCAGAGGAAUAUGCAGCCUGUACCUCGUGUGUCUCUGUAAAGUCUUUAGAAUUUGACAAAACAGAGUCUGGUGUGAAGAGUGAGAUGUUUAUUGGGACAUCAGAGGGUUUUCUAGUACAUUUUAAAGAUGGUCAGAUUCAGAGAUGUGUUCAAGUGUUUGAAAGUGCCAUCAGUCUUAUACAUGUACACAAUACUCCAUAUGGAAACAGUGGACCGUCCAACACCAAACUCCUUGUCUGUACACAGAAGACAUACACAUUUCUAGAUGGCUUAUUCAAAACACACGGUGGAGUGAUUGAAGCAAGGCAUUCCAUUUGGGGAGAUUUCCUUCAACAAGGGGAGGAUCAGUACCUGUUUCUGAAGGGAGACAUUGACGAUAAAAACUCCACACUUAUCUAUGAUGUCAAUAGGCCACCUAGUGAAAACAGUGGCAUUUUAAACAAAAAAGAGUGUGACACCAGCCAGAUUGUAUGUCGAGCAUUAAAGAAUCGUGUUCAGAAGGAGCGCAUUUUCAACACAGAAAAAUCCCAUGAGCUGAAACAUCUUCAGAGGUUCAUCAGUGACACUUUGGAGAGGCAGUUAGCAAUAGCCGAGGGCUUAAACCCCAGAGACAAAGAAUCGCAGUUGGAGUUAUUGCCCCUUGUUGACAGUGAGGCUACACAUAACUGUGAUGUGCAUGCAAGAGCCAUCUCAACUCCAGUGAUUCUUCCCCUGAGACAUUGGCAGAGGACCUACCAGGGACAGUGGUGUAUAGGUCUGGACUUCACGUGCAACACUCAGCAGACACUCAAGAUUUGGCUGAAUGUCAUUCCACUGAAACCAACAAGCCCAGUUGUGAUGUCUUCUAGAUCUGUGUCAGUCUUGAUUGAAGGACAGAUAAGGAAGAGACAGCUGUCUGCUUCAGAGAGAGACCUACUUGAAAUCACAGAGAAAAGUGCAAACCCAUCAGGGAGAGUAUUCUCAGACAACCCUUCAACUAAGUGUACCAUUACAUGUGUUCUUGCCAUACCUGCCAUGGAAUUGGACAGAGUGGAAUGUAGCCUCGUAUUGAACUGGCACGCGAUACCCGAUUGGACAGAAAGUGAAGGCGCUGAAAUAGAGGUGGCCCAUCAACCUGCUGACUUUCCAACGAGGAUGAAGAUUUAUACUAAGCCUUGCGGUACUGUUGUCUUGCAUGCAACAGAUGUCCUUGAAGGAAAAUAUGAGAUAAUGGUCAUGAAAGGUACAAGCAUGGCUGACAAUGUCUUGAUGGAUAAUGCGGAAGCAAAUAUUCAAGAUAGCAUAGCGCUUGAAACUGUGCAAAUCAGAACAGCUCUGGUGAUAAAGGCCUCUAUCGGUGUAUUCUGUGCCAUUGAGUCUAUUCUUACUACACGCUGUGGUUUCCUGCACAACCGCCAGCUAGCCUGCUUUGUGUGCACACAGGGGCCUUUGACGGGGAACCAGAUUAGGCUAGGGGACAGGAAACAGGCCGAGAUCAGGGACCUUGUGCUUUAUACACGAUGCAAGAAAGAAGUUCUUCUGAUGAUCCAUUUUCUAUACUCAAAGCUUCCUGAUGAAGUGGUCAUAGAGUGCGCCCCUGAAAACACUCAUGCUAAAAACUCCAAAUGCUUGGUGGCUCUUCAAAAAGAGGUGGAGUUUUUGCAAAAAGAGUUGAAAGCAAUGAUCCCAGAAAAUAAACAUAUGGAAUUAUCGGAUGAAGAUGGAGAUGAUGUAAGAAUAGUAGGUGAAAAGUUCAAAAGACAACAAGACAAAUGGAAGAGUUUGGACUCCAAAACAAUAGAUUAUUCAUCAAAUCCUAAUUUCCUGACAAAGCUUAAUUAUUUACGAACUCAGACUGAUGCUGCAUUUAUUGACCUAAAGUAGUGUACUGGUGUAUUUUAUGUUUAUUGUGUUUCCUGCACAGAGUGGGAGGCACAAACUCUUUCAGUGCUGGAACCGAAUUUUUAAGGCCUUUGAAAACAGUUUGGAUCCAGAUGAGACGCCACAGAACAUGGCAUCUCAUCAGGAUCCAAUCUGUUUGCUAUUCUGAUAGCAUUCCUUGAAAAAAAAAAUCGAAGAAAAUGCUAAUUUUAGAAAUUCAGCAGAAGACAUUUUAGCAGAUGACAAAUAUCCCAGUAUGCAAAGGGCUAAAGGUUGCAUUUGUUCGUCCGUACAUUCCGAAGCUGGCCUUUUGAACUUCUCUUUAUCUUUUUGGUGCAUCUUGUUCAAACAUUUUAUAGUUGAAUGACCUGAAUGUGCAAUGAUCAUAAAGCAAGGAAUUAUGGCUUUGAAGAAUUUGGGCAAAAUUAUGGCCCCUUGUCUUUUCUUGCUCUGUGAAACCUGUGGUUUUAACCCCUCUUCAAUUAAUGAGUAAAUCUUACUCAAACUUUCACAGAUGAAGAACCUUAAUGAGUUGAUGAUUGCAAAUGAAAUUUGGCUGCAACAGGUUUUGGCAGAAUUAUUAUUCUGUUUUCUACUGUUAUAGAAUAUGCAAUCCAAAUUUUGUUUUGUAUUUACUCCUCUUUAACUAUGUGGUGAAUGUCGCUCAAACAUUCAGUGUUGAAUGACCUUAAUGUGUAGAUGAUCAAAGAGAAAGGAAUUUAAAUUGCUACAUCAGGUUUUUAAAUGAAAACUUUUACCAAUUCACUUCAAAGAAAUAGAACUGACAGUAACAUGAACAUCUAAUUUCACUAAUACGAUAUAAGGACUGCAAAAACUUUACUGUGACCUUGAUCUCAAAACAACCAACAUGGUUUUUCUAGCGACAAAUCCUCCGAUAUAGUGAUUAUUUGUGUUAAUUUAUUUGCUAAAUCCCAUAAUGCAUGUAUUGGCAAUUUAUACGGAAUAUGCACAAAAACCAGGUUCCACUGUCACCUUGACCUUUAAGCAAAUGUUGGGUUGCUGCUUGUAUGAUAUUAUAAUCAUUUGUGCAUAUGUUAUUUUAAUAUUAUGCUCAACAAUGUCAUGGGCUGGGCACAAGCAUGUACUUUAAAUAUAUAUGCAUGUGAAGAAUAUGCCAAAACUUUAAUUAUCCACUAUGACCUUAACCUAUCAAUGUGUUUUUACAAGCUACCAUGAUGCUCAUCAAAGUUAUUGGAUGAACACAAAAUGCACUUUUGCUACACAUGUAUAUAUAAAAGAAUGUGAAAAUACUCCCAACUGUCCAUUGUGACUUUGACCUUAAAGAAAACAACAUUGUUACAUUUGACAUAUUGUCUUAAUAUGAUUAUCAUUUCAGCCAAUUUGUUUUUUCGAAAUCUCAUCAUGCAUAUCAAAGUGAUUGGCAUGACAUGUCCAUAUACCUUUACUAUUUACAUACAAGAAACAAGAAAACAAAGUCUCCACCUUGACCUAGAAGCAAGCUACGUGGUUAUUGCAACUGAAACGUUGCCUUGAUAUGCUGAUAAUUUUUGCCAAUUUGUUGAAUUACAAAGCCGGAAACAAAACAUCCCAAACAAACUCACACUUGCACAAACAUGUCCAUCCUUACAAGGGUUACACUAAAUGCCCUGCGGCAAUUGUGAUAGCUGGGCAUUAAAUUCCAUGGGGCCUGAAAAGGGGCGAGAACAUCAUGUGAAAAAUAGUUGUAUGGUAAAUUGCAUUACUUAGAAAUGACUCACUAAUGCUGUUAAUACCAAAUUACGCUAGUGCUUAUCUUCAAACAUUAAUUGAGCAUAUACAUGUUUUCCAUGAGGUAUGUUCCUUAUUAAAAUAAUUUGAUAUCAAUACCAAGUAAUACUGUUUUUUGCUCUAUAAAAUUGUGAAAAUCCAAUAAAAACACCCCAGGUUUAUCUUUAUUUCAGAGAACGUUGAUAAAUGAAAGGAAAUAGAAAAUAACAGGUUACUACCCUAUUAUUGUAUGAUGUAUUGUUUGCAUAAAGUUCAAACACAUGUUGUUACUUUAUAUGAGCUUUAAUUAUGAUGAGCUUUAUAUGCUGAAGUCAAAAUGAGUCGUGUUCUGAGAAAACUGGGCUUAAUACAUGUGCGUAAAGUGUCAUCCAAGAUUAGCCUGUGCAGUCUGCAGGACUUUCGUGUAGAAGAGACUUCCUUUAAACAAAAAAUACCAUAAACGCAGAAAGUGUCAUCCCUAAUUAGCCUGUGCGGACUGCACAGGCUAAUCUGGGACGACACUUUACGCACAUGCAUUAUGCCCAGUUUUCUCAUAACAAGGUUCAUAUGAGCGUUAAUGACGAUGAGCUUUAUAUGCUUAAGUCAAAAUAAACUUAUUCUGUUCUGUAUAAUUAUAGGUGAGGCUUAGAAUAUAAUAACAGGGAGACUUAUAACCGUUACAACCCCUCAGAAAUGAAUACAUGUAUGAUGUUUGAUAUGUUAAUAAUGACGUUAGGAGCAUUUGCGCUAAAUAUUUGUAAAAAUGUUUUUAUUGCUUUUUGUGUCGAAAAUAUAUUACAUCUUAGUAUUGAAUUGUUUUGUAGAAUUUGAUUAUAUUUUACAAAAGAUGACUGAUAUAACAACUUCCUGGUGACAUGAUAAAAAAAAAUGUAGGGCAGCUUCAUAUCAGGCAGUUUUCAAUAAAGUGGGAUAAAUAAUAAAGUAAGGAACAUAUUUUAAAAAGGGCUGGGCAUAAAAUAGUAAGUGGGAGUUAGGGCUCCCAUUACCAUGUCCAUUUUUCGCCAAAUGCCUAAGUUUUACAAAAAUGGGGGACAAUACUUUCAAAACAAGUAACGGAAACAGAUUAUUUAAACAGAUUCAUUAUUUUUUCUCAACAAAUGGGAUAAAUGACUGGACUGCAGACAAGGGCUUUGUGCCUGCAUCUCAAACAUUUAAACUGGGCAAAAAAGUCAGAAGAUCUAGCAAGUUAACCCGUAGCUCCUCCCCUUGGUGGGGUCUAUCAGGCACAAAUAAAUGUAUUAUCCAAUCAGAACGCAGUAUUUGCUACACAAGCCCGUGCGCUGCAACUGAAAGUGUGUGGACACAUUUAACAAAGCUUACAGAGUAUUUUGCUUUAAAGGGACCUUUUCAUGUUCUGGUAAAUUUACAAAAUUAAAAAACAAUUGUUUCAGAAUCGCAAAUUUUUGUCGUAGUUAUAUAUAUUUGUGAGAAACAGUAAUACUGAACAAUAACCAUGCUCUAAAAUAUCCAUUAUAUGCAUUUUUUGACGAUUUAAAAACCUGAAAAUUAUAAAAGUGUUGCAAUGCAAAACGAUUAAAUAAUUUGAAGAGUUCUGUUGUUUUCAAUACUGCAAACAUUGUUGCUGAUAAAAGUGAUAUUAUGAAGCAUUACUUAAAUAAUUGGCCUUGUCAACAAUGAAACUAAUUAAAUAUUAUUAGUUAAUAUGUAUGCUAAGGGCUAACUCUAGAUUGUAAACUACAAUCUUGACAAAUCUAUUUACUGUAUUGAUACCAAUUUAUGUAUGUUUUACAUUUUUAUGGAAAGUCUAAAUAAGCAUGAAUUAUAUAGUAUUCCUUUUGUUUGAAUAGUAUUUGUUGGUAUAGAGCUGAAAAGUACGUAAAUGUAUUGUAUACGUAUUAAAGACUAUGAUUUAAGAAUAACUAGAAAAUAGCUCUUAUGUUUUUUAAGAAGCAACACCAAUUUUGUAAUGGGUGGCAAAAGAAAAUGUUGACCUAGCAAGAGCCCUGGAAGUUGUAUGUAGCUGCCAUUCUUCUCUUACUAAAGCUCUAAUUACGAUAUUUAGUUCAGUUCCUAAUAACUUACAAUAUUACUUGUAUGUAUUCCUAGAAUAUAUAAUGAUUUCUUAAAAGAAAGAACAAAGUGAUUAAAAAAUAUAUGCAGCUUUUAUUCCAACAUAUUUUAUUAUACAAUUACAUGUAUAAGCUCUCUUUUUCCUUAUUUUUUGGAUGGGGAUUUAUCAAAAUGAUAACACAAUAAUAAUAAAUUGAAUUUGAGCAAAUAUAAACAACGGUCAACAAAUGUUGCACCUACAGCAAAAUGUGCCAUAGACAUUCAUACAAUCAAUUGCUACAAGUUAUAUUAAACUUACAGCCACUUACGCCAUGCACUUCGUAAUAAAAAGCAUCUAAACAAAUCUGCUUCAACGUUAUUACACAUGGCAACUAUCACCAGAAGUAUAAUUAUGUUGAAAAACGGCAACAUGCUGGAAACAUUG